UAUGGGUUGUAGAGAAACCUGCCUGUCUGCUUGGAACGGAGAAGGGAAGAGGGAGAAGGAGGAGCCUGCUGGGUGUGGGACUCCAGACAAAGGAGACAUAAACACACUGACACUGGAUCAGUGGCGCAAAGAAAAAAAGCAGAGAGGACAGCUGGGAAGCUUCAUUUUUGCCUGAACUCCGACUAUAAUUUGGGAAAACCUCUUGGGAGGGGAAAAGGCGAUUUGUUGAGAGAGUGUGUGUGUCAGAGAGGGAGAGAAAGCUGUGUGAGCUUGUUUGCAAACUGCUGAGGUAUGUUUGUGUUGGAGCUGGGCUUCACAUAUGCUGCCCACAGCGUUCAGAAGUGUGUGGGUUAGUGUGUUUUGGGAUGGAAAAGUGGGGCCGGCCCAGCAAACAGCUCUGCUCGUAGCUUUACGCCAUGGGGGGAUGCCACAGUUACCCCUCAGCCGCGAAGGUGGACACCAAGACUCCUCAGCCGUCUGACAUCCACAAUGAUAAACUCGGAAUCAACAACAAUAACCAGGAGGAGCCUCCGUAUUUGCAGCAGCAAAACGCUUGCCAGAGGAUCACAAACGCAGACAUGUUGUCCCUCACAUCGCUGCCGCCUGGCAUGGACAGGGCAGAGUGGCUGGCCAGCAACACUGUGGCUUUUUUCAAGCACAUAAACCUGUUCUCCAGCGCCCUGUCAGACUUCUGCACUCCCAGCACCUGUCCAACCUCCUGUGGACCAGGCAACACGAUCUACUUUUGGACUGACGACCACGGCAGAAAGCUGAAGUGCUCCGCUCCGCUUUACGUCGACUACGCCAUGUCGUACAUCCAGGACCUCCUGACUGAUGAAGACGUGUUCCCCACAAAAGCAGGUGUAGCAUUUCCGACGGGAUUCUUCUUCCUGGUCCAGAAAGUCUUUUUGCUGUUGUUCAGGACUCUGGCUCACAUUUACUGGUCUCACUACAGUGAGGUACUGGUCGUGGGCCUGCACCCACACCUGAACACGCUCUUCUCCCACCUGCUGCUCUUCUGCCAGCAGCACUCGCUGCUGGAGCCUGAAGACACGAAGCCUCUGCAGGACCUCAUCACCGCUCUGGAGCGGCACGGAUGAAGCGCUCAUAUUCCCCUUCUCUUGCUUAUUUAUUGGUUACGGUCUAAUUUCUGGCUUUUCCUGGCGAAGCUGCAAUUAAUAUUCUAGUUUGGGGUUUUUAAAGACGAGUCUGGGAGAUGGAAAACGCCAAAGAUGAUAUGGGAGCUUCUGCUUCCUGUUACGAGCUCUGCUUUUGACUUUUUUUUUUAAUCUUUAAACUUUUAUUGCAUGUCUGUUUUUUAAGCAUAAACGUAUGUUGUUUUACUGUAGAUGACAUCAUCCAUGUCUUCUUCCAUGUAAGACUCAAUUAAAAUGUUACUUCAAGAACAUGUCUAGGCCAAACAAACAGAGCUGCUACUGUAGUGGGAGUCUGGAGGUCCCACAGUAGUAAAGUGUGAAUGCAGUUCCUGUAAAAGCUCAUCUGCUCCGUCUUUGUAUAAAGAUUUGUGACAAACAGUUAUAGCAUGAUGAGAGACUGAAGGCUUCUUUUUUUUUUUAUGUAAUUUGUAUGUGAAACUCUGGAAUUAUAGCAAGAGUUUGGUGCAGUCUUUAAGUUGAGCAACAGCACUACCUGCUGUACCCAGGGAAGUUCAGAAUAUCGUAUAUUUUUUCUGCUCUCUUUCUGUUUCUUUUAUUAUGAGAUGUUGGAUGUUGAAGUGGUGCAUUCAUUCAUUCAUUUAUGUAACUGCACAAACCACUUUAGCCUUGCUUUAUUGAGACAUUUCAGUACGCAACAAACAAAAGGCAGCUCACGCCUUCUCGUUAAAGUGCUGUGAUCUGGCAAAGGUUGUCUGUAAAUGCCUGUCUUUAGACUUCGUGAGAUACUGAUUGCCUGGUUUGACUUUUUAAAACCAAAAUGUUUUCGAUCAUUAAAAGUAUACAAGAAAAUUGUUCCCAUUCCUGGAAGCAAACGCAACACCUUAGCCAUUCCAGUUAUGACGGUGACUGUAGUUCAGAAAGAAGAAGGUAUGAGAGGCAGAAGACCAAACCCAGUGCCACUCCUGUCAGCUAAGAGCAGGAAACAGACAAUUUGUACAGGUUCACCACAGUUGGACAAUAAAGUGUAUAAAACAUUACCUUGCUCCAA